AGGUGCUGGAUCGGCGAGAGGUGGUUUGCGGUCACGCGGGUAGGCGUUAGCUGGUAAGUGUGGAAAGCGUCGUCAUCGGGAGGAACUAGCGCGAUGCGCAUCUUCUAAUUCCAAAAGGGGAAAACUCACGGCCCGUGAACAGUUGCUCGCGGGAUCUCGUCGCGUUUGGAGGACCUUCGUUUGGAUCGGACAGUGGCGCGCAAAAAAUCGGAAGAAAACGGAAAACAGUGCCAAGUUCAAGUUUGAGGUGUGGACAGCGUCGUGCGAGCAGAAGAUAGUGGUGGGCGCUAAAAAAGGUGUUGCGCUUUCAGCUAGUGCAAGUGUUUGAAGCGAAAAUUCAGAUCUCACGAUGGGAAGAACUUUGUCUGUGAAAGUAGUGCUAAUUGUGCUGAUUGGAGCGGCUCAUGUAAGCUGGAUUGCGGCCGGUGAUUCGUUCAUAGAAUUGGACCAGUACUACCGAAUGCCGCGAAUAUAUGCCUACGAUGAUUACGACGAGUGCUUCACCACUUAUGAAUCACCCGAUCCGGCCUAUUGUGUCGCUCGGUCGGUCAUCAAACCGGACAAUCGUUCGGAGCUGUGGAGAUUAAUUCAGGAUUUCUCCAGCGACACCUACAGACAUUACCGACAUGAUCACCUUGACCGGGGGUUAUGCGUUCAGCGUUGUCGUAAACUCGUGGCUUCGCUAGACAACGAAACCAUUCAGCAACUGUACGUUGAGAAGUUCGACAUCAACUUCCCGUACAUAAUCGAUUCGAAAGUUUUCGAAGACGUCAAAGUGCACCAGGAUCGCGCCCUCUACGGGCGGCUGAUCAACAUCUGCGAGAACUACAUUCUACGGAAGGUUUACAACCUGACGGCCUACACCGAGAUCGAGUACUGCACCCGUCCAACCGAGCAGAUCGACGUCGACUUCCUGGAUUUGAGCUUCUUCGUGGUGACGAUGGUUCUGAUCUGUCUGGUCAUCACGUCCACCUGGUUCGACAGUCGCAUGAACAAAUCCAAGAAGAACGACCACUACAUGCUGGAGAUUCCGUGCAAAAAGACAAUGAUCUUCACGUCCUUCUCGCUGAAACGCAACUGGUACCGCUUGAUCAGUCGUUCGAAGGAUCAGCUCAACGAGGAUCUACGCUUCUUCCAGACGUUCCGCUUCCUGACGUUUCUGUUGGUGAUCUUGGGUCAUUGUUCGGACAUGUUUGCGGUGACUCCCAUCGGCAAUACUUUCGAUCGAGAGCGAGAAUACUACAAUCCGGAAUCGCUGGCCCUUAUUAACGGAUCGCAGAUCGUGCAGACAUUUUUCCAGAUGAGUGGAUUUCUGCUGAGCAUACACUUCUUCACAACCCGUGCCCGGCUUCGAGAAGUUCGCUGGUCCGUGGUAUUGGCGGUGUUAGUUUAUCGUUUUAUUAGGUUGACCCCGGCAUAUGCGUAUGUGCUGAUGCUGCAUGCAACUUGGCUCUCCAAGGUGCAAGAUGGACCGCUGUGGAUUCGCGGAACGCAAACCGAGAAAUACUUCUGCCGCAAGAAUUGGUGGACCAAUUUGCUGUAUGUGAACAACUACGUAAACGCUGAUCAACCGUGUCUCCAGCAAGCAUGGUACCUCGCGUGUGACUUCCAGCUCUUCACAAUGGGAAUGAUUCUGGUGGUAGCAGUUACGAAAUACCCAAAACUGCGAACUCACAUAUUUUCGGCAGCCAUGUUCUUGGCAUAUCUCAUUCCUGGAUUGAUUGUAUACUUCGCCGCAUUCGAUGGUGCCUUCAUCAAUCGGUUACAGGACGAACGUUUCAUCUACUGGUUCGAUCGGAUGUAUCAACUCAUCUAUGUUCCGUUCCAUACCAACAUGGGUUGCUAUUUGGGAGGAAUCAUGCUCGGGAUGAUCUACUACAAGCAGCGCACCAAUCAUCACGAAGGCAAUCGAUCUUGGUACCUGAAAGUGCUCUGGUACCUGGUGGUCCCCGUGGGCUUCCUCUGCUUGAUGAGCAACUCGAUCUUCUAUAAGUACAACUUCGAGAAGCCCGCCAUCUGGAUGGCCGUGUUCUACCCGGUGAUGAAGCACAUGUGGAUUGUCCUGGGGGCGAUCAUGAUCUACGGAAUCAUCUACGAGUACAGCAAACCGAUCAAGGCGUUCCUGAACUUCUCCAUUUUCGUUCCCCUGGGACGGCUCACGUACUGUGCCUACGUUUGCCACGUAUUCAUGCUGAAGAACGCCUUCUUCGCGAUGCGAGAGAUGGGAUACUUCAGCAAGAUGUCGUUGCUUUCCAAAAUGCUCACAGUACUUGUGUCGUCGUACCUGAUGGGACUGAUACUAGCGCUGGUUCUGGAAUUCCCAUCUACCGCCAUUCAGAAGCAUCUGUUUGCCAAGAAGCUAGAAGACGCAACCGUACAACCAAAGCCAUCGCCAGCCGAGAACAACAAUGUGAUCACGUCGAAUGGAACCGUGCAGGCAUGAACGGUUUCUUGCCGGCGCUCCUUCAUCAUCGGAAUGAAACGAGAGGAAUUUAACUCUACAGACUGUGCAUAAAUUCUAAGAUAGCGGUUACUGCUUAAGUUAAUAAACCUAUUUGUGAGAUUGAAA